GAAACACUGACAACAAACACAGCUGGUCGAAGAAGACUGCUCGCUGCUCUGCAGAGUUCAGUCUGGAUUAAAAUCAUUAUUAAUCAUUAUUAAACCAGUUUAAUUAUCUUUAAACUGGAUUAAUCAGCUUCAUCACAGCAGACAGACGCAGACAUGUACCGCUGCGUGGCCAGGAGUGUGUGUAGCAGAGUGUGUCCUGCCUUCGUGCCUUCUUACGCCCCGUCAUCAUCAUGGACGUUGAGAAGCACGACAGAGGACAGACAGCACAGUCUGGCUGAGCGGCGGUGGCGGUGUUCAGUCCGCUGCAUGAGCUCUGCAGCAAGAAGGAGGAGAUCGCUGCGAAGCGCCUUCCCAGUGCUGGAGAAGCCGCUGCAGCUCAUCCACCGACACGUGUACGAAGCCAACCUCCAGAACAGCAACGCCUGCCACAAGAAGUACAUAGAGCUGAGUGAAAAGGUCAGGAAAGGGGGAGGUGACAAUGCCAUCACCAGACACAUCAAGAGAAACAAGAAGCUGCUGGUCAGGGAUCGGCUACGCCUCCUGCUGGACGAUGAGGACUUCCUCGAGCUGUCACCAUUCGCUGGUCUGGGUCUGCCAUACGGGGACAUCCCUUCAGCCGGCUGCCUGACAGGCAUCGGCAGGAUCAACGGCCUGUGGUGUGUGUUUGUGGCCAACGAUGCCACGGUGAAGGGCGGCACGGCGUAUCCAAUCACAGUGAAGAAGCAGCUACGGGCACAGGAAGUAGCGAUUCAGAACCGCCUGCCUUGUGUUUACCUCGUCGACUCCGGAGGAGCUUUCCUACCGCUGCAGUCGGAGAUCUUUCCGGAUAAGAACCAGGGAGGAAGGACGUUCUAUAACGAAGCCAUCAUGUCUGCCAUGAAGAUCCCACAGGUGUCGGUGGUCUGCGGGUCGUGCACAGCGGGUGGAGCUUACAUCCCAACUAUGGCAGAAGAAGCGGUGAUGGUGCACCGGAUAGGGACCAUAUUCCUGGGAGGUCCGCCCCUCGUCAAGGCCGCCACGGGAGAGGAAGUGACACCAGAGGACCUGGGAGGAGCCAAGCUUCACGCUGAGGUGAGUGGCUGUGUGGAUCAUUUCGCCUGGGAGGAGAAGGAGGCGUACGAUUACACCAGAAACAUCAUAUCCACGCUCAACUUCCAACUGCCUGAGGAAGAGGACGAGGAGGAGGCGAAGAGGAGGAGAGCAGAGGAGGAGCCGCUGUACGGUUCAGAGGAGCUGCUGGGGCUCGCUCCCAAAAGUUAUAACUACAGCCUGGAUGUUAAAAUGGUGGUCAGUCGGCUGACAGACGGGAGCCGCUUCCAGGAGUUCAAAGCUCGCUAUGGUACCACGCUCAUCACUGGCUUUGCAAAGAUACAUGGCCACCUGGUGGGAAUAGUAGCCAACAACGGAGAGCUGUCAUACCAGGCCGCACUGAAAGGCAGCCACUUUGUCCAGCUGUGUGACCAGAGAGACGUCCCCCUCCUCUUCCUCCAGAACACGGCGCCCACAGCAGCUCUGACACUCUCCACGACGCAGGCAGACAUGAACAGUAACCGCCUGAAGGCUCAGGGUUCAAUGAUGUCGGCAGUAGCGUGCGCCUCCGUCCCCAAAAUCACUGUGGUGAUUGGUGGUUGCCAUGGCGCUGACAGCUACGCCAUGUGUGGGCGGUCCUUUGACCCUAACUUCCUGUUCCUGUGGCCCAACGCCAAAGUGUCGAUCACAGCUCCGGGUCACUCGGGCUCUCUCCUCCCCCCUGACAGUGAGCAGGAGGAGGAAGAGAAGAAGAAGAGGGAGCUGGAGGAGGAUGACCUGAACAAGAGAUUGACGGAGGAGAGCUCGGCUUUCUUCUCCUCCGGCAGACUCUGGGACGAUGGAGUCAUUAUGCCUCAGGACACCAGGAAGGUUCUCGGAGACUGCUUGGACAUCAUCAAACAGCAGCACUAUCAACUUUCCACAGAGAAACCGCGGUCGACACUUCUGCGUAUGUAGAAGCUGAGAUUCACCUGCCGCUGAAGCCCCUUUAAAGCUGUGCCUGUGUCUCAUGCCAACACGUUUGAAUACAGUAUGACGAGAAAUAUCCUAAAAUAAAAUGCUGCUACUGUAAGUUGGAUUUAACUCAGGGCUCGUACAAAGUGAAAAAUGUUUGAUUUCUCAUUAUAAUCUGGUGCCUCAUCCACCCACGUAAACCAAUCAGGUUUGUUUGUUGCCUCCAGGAGUCUCACACCAGACAAGGAGCAGAGAUUUGAGAUAUAGAAAGAAUAAAUAUCUUAAUCUGCUGAAAUGUUUUAAGUAAUUUACUACACUACCAAACACAGAAUAAUAGUACAAACCGUUGUAAUUGUAGAAGAUUUCUUUUAUUAAAUGUUUUAUACACACAGGCUCAACAUACAGCCACACACACACACACAAAGUUUGGCUGCCAUGUAGCGGUAACCCUAGGAGGUGGAAGGGUUCAGUGCCUUGCUGAAGGAGGUGAACUGGCACCUCUUCACACCAUGGUCCAUGCUGGACUUGAACCACCACCCUCUGGUUCUACUCUCACUGUUCCAACAAAUCCGCUUACCUCAAUGCAAAUAGUUUUGUUCAGUAAUAAAAAAAAAACACUUCAUGGAUCAUCUGACCGUUUUAUUCAAGAUAGACAUGUUGCAAACAUUUGAAAUGUUUUUUAAAUUUUGAUUUACAGCCCAUCUCUGAAAGUUGGUGAAUACAAACAGCUGGGUUUUUCAAAGUGAUGAUUCAGACUUCCAGAGUCUGUACAUUUCUGCUUUAGGUACCUUGAAAGUGCUUGAAAAUUUUAAUUUCCCUUGUAAAAUCCUGAACGAACCCUCAUUAACUCCUCAUUUACCUCAGCAAGCUGCUGCCCUGGUUACAUAAAGUUAGUAUGUUUUGAUUGGACAGUUAGAAAUUCAUCCGAAAAUCAGAUCAAGUUAAAAAA